GCCAAAUAUGACUCCAGGGGAAGACGCAUCAGUUAUUAUAUGUUCCCCAAGGAUGCAACAGUCAGAAAUGAGUGGUGCCAGCGAAUUUAUCGAAAAGCCAUCUAUGCUGACAUAGAUCCAGAUCAGCGAGUCUGCAAUCGCCACUUUUCAGAGGAUGGAUUUGAAGAAGAAUUGUCAUCUGAUGGAGAAAGAAGGCUCAAACCAUCUGCAAUUCCCAAUCUAUAUUUGAGAGGUGAGACAGAUGAGGAGGAGGCUGAAGAUAAUGAUGAAGCUGAUGAAGCAGAACAGGAACCAGAUGAAGAGCAGGAACAAGAUGCAGAGAAUGAAAAUGGGGGUUCUGGACAAGAAUCAGAUGAUGGUCAAGCAAACCAAGAAGAUAAUGAUGCAGAUUUUGAGCUUGGAGCUGGUAAGUCAAGGAAACGAAGGGGCAAGAAACGGAAGGUAAAGGAGGAGAGACGUAGCAAGCGGAAGAAGAAAAGGAGGAAGGUGGCAGAAUCAGCUGGAGAAGAAAGUGAUUUUGGAUUUGAAGAGGAUACCAACAGAGAUGAUACAGAGUAUAGUAGUUCAAGCCGUCGUGGUCGCCGGCCAAAGGCAGCUGCACCAGAGGGAAAAUCUAGUUCAGAGCUUCCUACUCCAGAGGAAGUCUGUGCUAGUUUUGGAUUGAAUGAUGUGGCAUUGGAAUACUCAGACGCUGACUUCCAGAAUCUGACCACUUACAAACUUUACCAGCAGCACAUCAAACCAAUCAUCAUGAAGGAGAACCCUAAGGUACCAUCUACGAAGUUGAACAUGUUGAUUGCAGCAAAGUAUAGGGAGUUCUGCACCCAGAACCCUGAGAGAGAUGGUGAAGACAGUCUUGCCGAUACUGAAGGGGAUGGGACAUCAACUCCAACAACUUCCCAGGCUGGAAAGAGACGAAACGGAAGAGGGGAAGAUGAUGCUCCUCGUCGAGGACGAAAGAAGGCCGGACGAGGCAAAGUCCCAACUCUGAAGAUCAAGCUGGGUAAAAAACGCAAAGGGAGUUCUGGUGAAAGUGGAACUGACAAAGAUUCAGAUGCAGAGUUUGAACAAAUGUUGGCUGAAGCAGAAGAGGUAAAGGAAGAGGAAGCUUCCACUCAAGUUCCACAACCACCUGUGCGCAAGGCCAAAACCAAGAUCGGCGGCAAGAACAAGAAGAAAAAGAAGAAAACCAAGACAACCAACCGAUGGGGUGGAGGGGAGGGUGAUGAAGCUGGGUAUGAGUCAGAGCACCAGGACUAUUGUGAAGUGUGUCAGCAAGGAGGGGAGAUCAUACUUUGUGAUACCUGUCCCAAAGCGUAUCAUCUCGUUUGCUUGGAUCCCGAGCUGGAAGAGGCACCAGAAGGGAAGUGGUCCUGCCCUCACUGUGAGAAAGAGGGCCCACCUUUGGAUAAGUCCUCGUCUGAAGAAGAUGAGCACAUGGAGUUCUGCCGGGUUUGUAAGGAUGGAGGCGAACUGCUGUGUUGUGACUCGUGCCCAUCUGCAUAUCACACUUUCUGCCUCAAUCCUCCUAUCAAGAUGGUUCCCGACGGUGACUGGAAGUGUCCACGUUGCUCUGUCGAGCCUCUGGAUGGAAGAGUCCAAAAAAUCUUGACUUGGCGAUGGGCAGACACCCUCGAGAAAACUGAGAAAGACGAGCAACCAGAGCAGAUUCGGAAGAAGCAGCUCCAGCGUCCACGAGAGUUCUUUGUCAAAUGGCUCGAUCGUUCGUAUUGGCAUUGCUCCUGGGUUCAGGAAGUUCAACUGGAAGUGUUCCACCCUCAGAUGUAUCGCUCAUACGUGCGGAAAUGCGACACGGACGAGCCACCUACUUUCAAUGACAUCGAGGACGAAGAGGAAGAAGGAAGCCCGAGCGAAGAGAAUGGGAAGGGAAAGGAUGCAAUCAAUCAGAAUCUUCUUCAUGAAAGAUUCUACAAGCAAGGUAUUCGCCCAGAGUGGUUGAAGGUUCACCGAGUGAUCAAUCACCGCCUGUUGCGGGAUGGGAGCACACAGUACUUGGUGAAAUGGAGAGACUUGCCAUACGAUCAGGCUACAUGGGAAUUUGAAGACGAGGAAAUCCAUGGCUUGAAGGAAGCCAUUGAUGACUAUUUGGACCUGCGUUCUGUCUUUGGUCCAGAUGGCAAUAACAAGAAGAAGAGUGGGAAAAAAAAUAAGAAAAGACGAGAAACAGAAGAUGAGGGGAGAGAACAUCCCAGGAAAUAUUAUCCACCACCUGAUCGUCCCGUCUCCGACCUUAAGAAGCAGCUUGAGAAACAACCCAAGUACAUAGAUGCCACUGGGGGAACCCUCCAUGACUAUCAGAUGGAGGGUCUCAACUGGCUGCGUUACUCGUGGGCCAUGGGUAUUGACACAAUAUUGGCAGACGAGAUGGGUCUGGGAAAGACAAUUCAGACCAUUACGUUCCUGUAUGCUCUGUACAAGGAAGGUCAUUGCAAAGGUCCUUUCCUGGUGAGUGCACCUCUCUCAACCAUCAUCAACUGGGAGAGAGAGUUUGAGAUGUGGGCUCCUGAGUUCUAUGUUGUGACCUACAUUGGGGACAAGGACUGUCGAAUGACUGUCCGAGAGCAUGAGCUUACAUUUGAGGAAGGGGCCGUUCGAGGCGGGCCAAAGGCAUCCCGAGUCCGAGCCAAUUCUGUGAAGUUCCAUGUUCUCCUCACCUCAUAUGAGCUGAUAUCCAUUGAUGCCACCUGCCUUGGCUCCAUUGACUGGGCUGUGCUUGUUGUUGAUGAGGCUCACCGUUUGAAGAACAACCAAAGCAAGGUUCAGUUAGUCCUGACAGAGUACAAGAUCAACUACAAGCUCCUCCUUACUGGGACACCACUCCAAAACAACCUAGAGGAAUUGUUCCAUCUUCUCCACUUCUUGUGUCCUGAUAAGUUCAAUGAUCUGGCGACUUUUCAGAAUGAGUUUGCUGACAUCGCCAAGGAAGAACAAGUGAAGCGUCUUCAUGAAUUGCUGGGUCCCCACAUGCUGCGACGUCUGAAGGCAGAUGUGUUGAAGAGCAUGCCCUCCAAAUCAGAAUUCAUUGUUCGAGUAGAGCUUUCCCCAAUGCAGAAGAAAUUCUACAAGGUUUUGAUAUUCUCUCAAAUGACCAAGAUGUUGGAUCUCCUUGAAGACUUUCUGGAAAAUGAAGGAUACAAAUAUGAGCGCAUUGAUGGAAGCAUCACUGGGAUGAUGAGGCAGGAGGCCAUUGACCGUUUCAAUGCUCCAAAUGCUCCACAAUUUGUCUUCCUCCUCUCAACCAAAGCUGGAGGUCUUGGUAUCAACUUGGCAACUGCUGACACUGUUGUCAUAUAUGACUCUGACUGGAAUCCUCACAACGACAUUCAGGCCUUUUCUCGAGCCCAUCGUAUUGGGCAGUCCAACAAGGUGAUGAUCUAUCGAUUCGUGACCCGCAACUCUGUGGAAGAGCGUGUGACUCAGGUUGCCAAGAGGAAAAUGAUGCUGACUCAUCUUGUGGUUCGACCAGGUGUGGGUGGGAGAGCUGGUAACUUCACCAAACAGGAAUUGGAUGACAUUCUACGUUUUGGAACUGAAGAUCUAUUCAAAGAUGAGACAGGCAGGGAGGAUGAGGAAAUCCAUUAUGAUGACAAGGCCAUAGGUGAGCUUCUGGAUCGAGCUAGAGUUGGGAUAGAGCAGAAGGAAAAUUGGGCCAAUGAGUACUUGUCUUCCUUCAAAAUUGCUACUUAUGUCACAAAGGAAGGAGAAGAUGAAGAAGAGGAACCUGAGAGGGAGAUCCUGAAGCAGGAAGUUGAAACUGCUGACCCAACAUAUUGGGAACGUCUGCUUAGACAUCACUAUGAGCAGCAACAGGAAGACAUUGCUCGGUCACUAGGAAAAGGAAAGAGAGUUCGGAAACAGGUGAACUACAAUGAUGCAGUCACAGAUGGGAGGGAAGAUACCACUUGGCAAGAAAAUCUUUCUGAUUACAACUCUGAUUUCUCUAUGCCUUCUGAUGAUGACAAAGAGGAUGAUGACUUUGAUGAGCGCACUGAUGAGGAGAAGCGACGAGGGCGGAAGCGCUUUGAUGCCCGCAAUGAAAGAGACAGACCUCUUCCACCCCUCCUUGCACGAGUGGGUGGCUCUAUUGAGGUUUUGGGAUUCAAUGCACGUCAACGCAAGGCCUUCCUCAAUGCCAUCAUGCGGUAUGGAAUGCCUCCUCAAGAUGUUUUUAAUUCUCAGUGGCUUGUGCGGGACCUCAGGGGAAAGUCAGAGAAGAACUUCCGUGCAUACGUGAGUCUAUUCAUGCGUCACCUAUGUGAGCCGGGGGCAGACAACGCAGAAACAUUUGCAGAUGGAGUUCCUCGUGAGGGCCUCAGUCGACAGCAUGUUCUCACUCGCAUUGGGGUCAUGGCCCUCAUUCGCAAGAAGGUUCAUGAGUUUGAAGAGGUCAAUGGAACACACAGUAUGCCUGAUAUGAAGGUGCGUCAGACUGUGGAGAUAUUGCGUCCUGACAUAGCCAACAAAGAAAAGGAAAAGGAUAAAGAUAAAGAGAAGGACAAGGACAAGAGUAAUGGAGACAAGAAAGAAGGAAAAGAUGAGGCUGUCAAGGAGGAGAUCUCAAAUGGAGAAACAACAGAAGGGAAGAAAGUGAAGGAAGAGGAGACAGAUGAGAAAGGAAAAGAUGCUAAGGAGGAGGUCAAGGAUAAAUCAAAGGAGGUGGAAGAAGAAAAGAUGGAAACACAAGAAGAUGAAAAAGGGAAAUCUCCUUCAGACAAGCAGAAGAUGAAGGAGGAAAAGAAGGAAGAAAAGACUGAAGGAGCAGAGGACAUCAAGAUGGAUGUAGAUUCUGAUAAAGUGAAGGAAGAGGUGACUGCAGAAGAGGCAAAGAAGCCAGAAGAGGAGGAAAAUGGAAAAGCCAAGAAUAAGGAGAAUGAGAAGGAAAAGGAAUCUGUAUCAGAGGAGAAGACUAAAGAGAAAGAAAAGGAGGAGAAAGGAGCAAAGAAGGAUGUAGAGGAGGAGGGAAAUGGAGCAAAGAAGGAAGGAGAGAAAGAAGAGAAAGGAGAGAAAAAAGAAAAGGAAGAGAAAAAGGAAAAAGAAGAGAAAAAGGAAGAUCGUAAGGAUAAGAAGAAAGAGGAAGAUAAGGAGAAAAAGAAGGAGAAACCCAGGUUUAUGUUCAACAUAGCAGAUGGAGGGUUCACAGAACUUCACACUUUGUGGCAGAAUGAAGAAAAGGCCGCCGUUCCUGGGCGGGAGUAUGAGAUAUGGCAUCGCAGGCAUGACUAUUGGCUCUUGUCUGGGAUUGUGACUCAUGGCUAUGGGCGUUGGCAGGACAUCCAGAAUGAUCCUCGAUUUGCCAUCAUCAACGAACCUUUCCGAAUGGAUGUUGGAAAGGGUAAUUUCCUUGAGAUCAAGAACAAAUUCCUUGCUCGACGAUUCAAGCUGCUGGAGCAGGCACUGGUGAUUGAGGAACAAUUGAGGAGGGCUGCAUAUCUGUCCCUGAGUCAAGACCCAUCACACCCAGCCAUGGCUCUGAAUGCCCGCUUUGCCGAAGUAGAAUGCCUGGCUGAAUCUCAUCAGCACUUGUCCAAGGAGAGCCUUGCUGGGAACAAGCCUGCCAAUGCUGUGCUCCACAAGGUAUUAAAUCAGCUGGAGGAACUGCUAUCGGACAUGAAAUCUGACGUGUCCCGUCUCCCAGCGUCGAUCGCACGCCUUCCUCCCGUGGCCCAGCGGCUUCAGAUGUCAGAGAGAUCCAUUCUCUCUCGAUUGGCAGCUACGACGGGUUCCUCUGGAGCCUCCACGACCCUUACUUCAUCUCAGGCCAAGCAGGUUCAGGCUGCCAGUGCAUUGGGAGUGAGUCAGUUCCCGCCCGGUUUCACAGCCGCCGGUGCACUCUCGGGCUUUCCUGGUGCCAACUUUGCUGCAUUCCGGCCUCAAUAUUCACUGCCAGGUCUCAUGACUCCACCAAUGUACAGCUCACAGGCAUCGGCCAUGGCAGCUGCUGCAGCAGAUCUUUCUGCAAAGAGAGACUCUCAGACCAAACUUAUCUGCAUCGAUUGAAGAACGUUCAGCUCCCUACACUUGAAUAGCACAUUUACAUAAUCUUGACUCCUUCCUUCCUUCUCCUACACCUGAUCAUGAGGCUAUGACGACCUUGGCUCCAUCAUUGUCAUUCAUUUUCGCUGUCUACAUUGGAAAUCUGGAGUGGAUCUCACUGUGUUCUCUGUGAAUAUGGGACCUUAUCCAAUUGUAGUGAGCAUGUUUUUCUGUGUCUUUAACUGAAGGAAGAUGAAUAAAGUCCCUUUUUCUGUAUUUCA